UGUAUCAAAUAUACAAACUCAGCUCAACUACCAAUCCCUUCACAUUCACAGAUUUCGUUUGAGGUUUCAGCUUCAUCAAUGGACGAUAUGAAGAACAACAACAUUAUGCAAGUAUUCUGCAUUGGCACAGCUGACACGAAGCUUGAUGAGAUUCGAUUCCUCGCGCAGUCAAUUCGAGACAAUCUCAACCUUUUUUACGCUAAUUCUUCCUCAAAGCUUGUGGUGACUAUGGUAGAUGUAUCAGCUGGUCAAAAAGUUAUUGAGAGUUGUGAUGAUUUUGAUUUUGUGUCGAGAAGAGAAGUUCUCUCCUGCUGUGCUGAAGCAGGGGUGCAUGGCAAUCAGCUUCCUGAUGAUAGAGGCAAAGCUAUUGCUGUGAUGAAUAAUGCUCUUCAGGCUUUCCUCUGCAAGGCUCAUGCGGAUCGAGUUCUUGCUGGAGUUAUUGGACUUGGAGGAAGUGGGGGGACGUCGUUAAUUUCCUCUGCCUUCAGGUCACUACCUCUUGGAAUCCCAAAGCUGAUUGUGUCAACUGUGGCUAGUGGUCAGACUGAACCUUAUGUGGGAACAUCGGAUUUGUUGUUGUUUCCAUCGGUGGUUGACAUUUGUGGCAUUAAUAAUGUGAGUAGAGUUGUGUUGUAUAAUGCUGCUUCUGCGUUGGCUGGAAUGGUGAUUGGACAUCUGAAUUCCAAAGCAUCUGCUGCUACUGCUUCUCAGAAGGGUACGAUUGGUUUAACUAUGUUUGGGGUUACAACUCCAUGCGUCAAUGCUGUCAAAGACAGGUUAGCUCGAGAAGGGUAUGAGACCUUAGUCUUUCAUGCUACUGGGGUUGGGGGGAGAGCUAUGGAGGAUCUAGUUAGAGGAGGAUUUAUACAGGGGGUUUUGGAUAUUACAACAACUGAGGUGGCAGAUUACAUUGUCGGAGGUGUCAUGGCAUGUGAUCCCUCCCGCUUUGAUGCCAUCAUAGAGAAAAAAAUACCUUUAGUUCUCAGUGUUGGAGCAUUGGAUAUGGUGAAUUUUGGAUCCAAAGACACCAUACCUUCUAAGUUUCAGCAAAGAAGGUUGUAUGAACACAAUGAACAGGUUACUCUGAUGCGAACGACAGUGGAUGAAAAUAAGAAAGUUGCUGCAUUUAUUGCAGAAAAAUUGAAUAAGUCGUCAUCUAAAGUUUGUGUUUGCCUGCCAAAGUUGGGUGUAUCGGCAUUGGAUGCACCAGGGAAGGCAUUUCAUGAUCCUGUUGCUACCGGUACACUUAUAGAGGAAAUGCAGAGGCUAAUUCAAACAAGUGAAUGUCGUCAGAUUAAGGUUUUGCCACAGCAUAUUAAUGAUCCUGAGUUUGCAAAUGCUCUAGUGGACUCGUUCUUGGAGAUCUCUACCAAUAUUAAUGAUAUUAGUAGUCAUCCUGUUCAUGAAUCUAUCCAACAAACUCAAAGAAAAACUUCUUCCAGUGUGACAAGUUCCCAGAAUAUCAUUCCCGUUUCAUAUACCUUGAGCAACUUCCCUGAUGCAAAACCAGAAACACUGGAACAAACACGAAAGAUUCUCCAAAAAUUGAAAUAUCAAAUAAACGAGGGCAAACCCAUCAUUGGUGCCGGAGCUGGGACAGGCAUAUCAGCCAAGUUUGAGGAAGUUGGUGGAGUUGAUAUGAUCAUCGUGUACAACUCAGGACGGUUUAGGAUGGCAGGAAGAGGGUCAUUGGCAGGUCUGUUGCCAUUUGCUGACGCAAAUGCAAUUGUGCUUGACAUGGCCAAUGAGGUGUUGCCUGUUGUCAAAGAAGUUCCAGUUCUUGCCGGAGUUUGUGCAACUGACCCAUUCCGAAGAAUUGAUUUCUUCCUGAAACAAUUGGAGUCUAUUGGAUUUGCAGGAGUGCAGAAUUUUCCAACUGUUGGUCUAUUUGAUGGUAACUUUAGACAAAAUAUAGAAGAAACCGGGAUGGGAUAUAGUCUUGAAGUUGAGAUGAUUGCAAAAGCUCAUAAAAUGGGCCUCUUAACAACCCCAUAUGCUUUUAACCAAGAAGAAGCAACGGCAAUGGCAAAAGCUGGUGCAGACAUAAUUGUGGCACAUAUGGGCCUCACGACAUCUGGUUCUAUUGGUGCUAAAACAGCCCUCUCACUCGAUCAAAGUGUAACUCUUGUACAAGCUAUUGCAGAUGCUGCUCACAGGAUCAAUCCCGAAACUAUUGUUCUUUGUCAUGGAGGCCCUAUAUCCGAACCGGGUGAAGCAGAAUAUGUGUUGAAGAGAACUGAAGGUGUUCAUGGAUUCUACGGCGCAUCCAGCUUGGAGAGGCUGCCAGUUGAACAAGCAAUAACAGGUACGGUAAAGCAGUACAAAACCAUAUCUAUUUCUUAAAUUGUCAGCUCCAGUGUUGCUGAUCAGGAUUCAUGUCCUUUGAUGCUUAUCAUGUUGUGGUAUGUACGUAUAUCAUAUGUAUUGGUGUAGUGAAAUAAGUACGAUGACAUUUAAAAAUGUAACAGAGAAAUCGCACUAACCAAUUUUAUACGAAUGAGUUUGAGUUUCAUUUGUCGUAAAA